CCGAUCCCGAGCGAGGACCCGUCAUGGCCAGCGAGGCAACGCCACUGCUGGCAAAAGCACCGGCGCCAGUCCGCGCAAGCUGCACGUCGGCGCUCUUCUUCACGUGGCUGAGCCCGCUCCUGGCCCUCGGCGCAACCAAGACCCUCGACGUCGACGACCUCUACCCGAUCGAGGCCGGCCACGACGCGACGACAGUCGUUGAGCGGUUCCUCGCCGCCUGGGCAGCGCAGUGUGCAUGCACGUCCAAGCCGAGCUUGCUCCGCGCCUUGUUCCGCGCCUUUGGCUGGCGCUUCUUCCUUGCUGGGCUCCUUCGGGGCAUCCGGGCGACGCUUCUCUUCACGGCGCCGCUCGUGCUCAAGGCCAUGAUCGCCUUCUUGAGCGAUCCGAGCGCGCCGUCGUCGCACGGCUACGUGCUCGUCAGCAUCAUUUUCGUGUCGGGCGUCCUCCAGUCGCUCUGCAUUCGCCAGUACACGUACCUUGCGAGCGAAGUCGGCAUGUGCUUUCGCAGCGCGCUCCAGGCCGCGCUGUACCGCAAGACGCUCCGCAUCGCGCCGUCCGCCGACCGCUCCUCAGGCCAAGUGACCAACUUGAUGUCGAUCGAUGCCACGCGUGUUCAGAAACUGACCGUCGAUUUGCACUCGAUCUGGGUCGUGCCCUACUUGAUUCUGCUGUCGUCCGGGUUGCUCUGGCGCGAAAUCGGCGUCUCGUUCCUUGCCGGCGUCGGCGUCAUCCUCCUCUUCGUGCCGCUCACGCUCCGGCUUGCCACGUACAUGAAGUCGAUCCAGAAGCGCGUCAUGCAGUUCAAAGACGACCGGACAAAGCUCUGCAACGAGGUCUUUGCCGGCGUCAAGGUCAUCAAAUGCCAAGCGUGGGAAGAGAGCUUUGUCAGUCGCAUCCAAACCAAGCGCACGAGCGAGCUCGCCCAGCUGCGCACGAGCGAGCUCGCCCAGCUGCGCACGUACCUCGUCACGCGCGCCGUCUCGAACGCCAUGUCGAACGGCCUCCCGGCGUUCACGGCCGUCGCGUCGUUUGGGCUAUACGUGCUUUUGGGCCACUCGCUCGACGUGAGCACGGCGCUGACGAGCUUGGCGCUCUUCAACAUUUUGCGGCUUCCGCUGCUCAAGCUUCCGGACAUGGUCAACGCGAUUCUCGAGGCGCAGAUCAGUCUCGACCGCCUUCGCGACUACCUUCUGUCGCCCGACCGCGUGCUCGUGACAUCAGGUAGCUUGUUGGCGCCCGGUGUAGAGUGGGCAAAUGCCACACUGGAAGUGCCCGGUGCGCAGACGUCCGUGCUCCGUAACGUGUCGCUUGCGGUCGGCACAAGCACGCUGGUCGCGAUCGUGGGGCCCACGGGGUCGGGCAAAACGUCGCUCUUGCGCAGCGUCCUGGGCGAAGUCGCCUAUGCCUCGGGCUCCGUCGCUCAGCGCGGCGCGAUGGCCUACGUCGCCCAGCAACCGUUCAUUUUGAAUGCGACCGUCCGCGACAACAUUUGCUUUGGUCUGCCCUACGAUCGCUCGCGGUACGACCAAGCGAUCGACGUCGCAUGCUUGACGCCCGAUCUGGCGCUGCUGCCCGCCGGCGACCGCACCGAGAUUGGUGAAAAGGGCAUCAACCUCAGCGGCGGUCAAAAGACGCGGGUCGCCCUUGCGCGCGCCGUGUACCAAGACGCCGACGUCUACCUCCUCGACGACGUCCUCGCCGCCGUUGACGCCCACGUCGGCGCUCGCAUCGUUUGCGAAUGCUUCCAGCGUGUGCUCAAGCCCAAGCUCAUUUUGCUGGCGACGAAUGCAUCAAGUGCGCUGGCGGUCGCCGACGCGGUCGUCGUCCUCGCCGACGGCAUGGUUCAGGCGUCGGGUACGCUAACCGACGUCGCGAUACAUCCGUAUGUAGCCAAGAUGCUGGCCGACGCCGUGCCGCCACCGACCACAGCGCCGAUCGGUGUUGAGGCGGCACCGACCGACGCUCCCUUGCCAGCGUCGACAUGUGAUACGGCACUCAUGGUGGCCGAAGACCGGACGCGCGGGUCGGUCACCGCGUCAGUCUACAGCGUCUGGCUGCACGCGUGUGGCGGGUGGGCGACACUGCUUCUCGUGGGCAUCGUGUACGUGGCUGCUGAAGCGACAAGCGUUGCGGGGACGGUGUGGCUCUCGUACUGGUCCGAGCACGUCUCGGGUAGCACGGUGCGCUUGUAUCUGUGUAUCUUUGUGAGCCUCCAGAUGGCAUACGUCGUUGGCAUCUUCAGUCGCGCUGCCGUACUCUACAUUGCGAGUCUCCGAGGGAGCCAGGAGCUCUUCCGGUCGAUGCUGCUGCGUGUCGUGCGGGCGCCGAUGCUGUUUUUUGAAACGACGCCACUCGGCCAACUCGCCAACCGGUUCACCUCGGACGUCUACACCGCCGACGAAAGCCUGCCAGCGACGUGGAGCGCGCUUUUGGUGACGGCGACGACUGUCGUGUUUACCGUCGGGACGAUCGUUGCUGUGACGCCGCUCUUUGCCGUGAUUCUGCUGCCCACUGGCUGGGCGUACUGGCAGUCGCAGCGCUACUACCUCCACACGGCGCGGGAGCUCCAGCGUCUCGAGUCGAUCUCCAAGUCACCAGUGCUCUCGCUCUUUGGCGAGACGCUUGAGGGUCUGAGUACGAUUCGGGCGGCUGCCGCCGAGUCCGCCUUUGCAGCGACGUUUGAUGCGCGUGUGAACCGCAACGUGCAGGCGCUCUGGCUCAAUUUCAGCGUCAACUGCUGGCUCUCGCUGCGCCUCGAAGUCGCGGGGACCGUCGUCGCGUCCUUUGCCGGGCUCUGCGCCGUGUGGGUGCACGCCCAAGGCUCCUCGGCGCUCUUUGCCGGUCUUGCCGGCGUCUCGCUUUCAUAUGCUUUUACGAUGACCAAGUACAUGACGCAGUCCGUGACCAACUACAGCAGUCUCCAGACGCAAAUGAUUGCGGUCGAGCGCAUGGACGCUUACACGCGGGUGCGCACCGAAGCCGUCGGCGGGUCAUCGGUGCCUCCGGCGUGGCCGACGACCGGCGCCGUCGCAUUCCACAACGUCGGUCUGCGCUACCAGCCGAAACGGCCUCUCGUGCUCCAGAAUGUGACGUUUGCUGUUCCGGGCGGCGCCAAAGUCGGUGUCGUCGGACGCACAGGCGCGGGCAAGUCGAGCCUCGUCGUCGCCCUCAUGCGGCUCGUUGAAGUGGACGCCGGGCGCAUCACGAUCGACGGUGUCGACGUGGCCACGGUACCUUUGCACCGCCUCCGAGAUGCCGUCUCCAUCGUGCCCCAAGACCCGGUUCUCUUCUCAGGCUCGCUGCGCUACAACCUUGACCCGCUCCAGUUGUACUCGGACGAUCGCCUCUGGGCGGCGCUCAAAGCCGUGCACUUGACCGGCGUCGGGUCCCUCGACGAUGUCGUGGCUGAGCGCGGUGGCAACUAUAGCGUCGGCGAGCGGCAACUGCUGUGCAUGGCCCGCGCGCUCCUCAAGCAGUCGAAAGUGAUUGUCAUGGACGAAGCGACCGCGUCCGUGGACCCUGCGACGGACCGUCGCCUGCAAGCAACGAUUCGCGACGUCUUUGCCGACUGCACGUGCCUCACGAUCGCCCACCGGCUCAACACGGUGCUCGACGCGGACGUCAUGCUCGUGUUGGACGCCGGCGCCGUUGCUGAAUUUGGCCCGCCGUCGACGCUGCUCGCCAACCCCGACGGCCUCCUUUCCCACCUCGUCGGCGGCCACGCUGCAGAGUAGUCGCAGGCGCGUACAGUUGCAGUCUUCAUGAAUACAAAUUGAGUACUGUACAUCAACGUGUG